AUGGUCAAAGUCACUCCCAAACCCAAGGCUGUCUCCACCACCAAACCCAAGUCGUCCGCUGCCCCAAAGGCCAAGCCCAAGACCAAGAAAUCUCUUUCCCCGCCACCCUCCCCUCCGCGUACUGCCGUCCUGGACAAGAACCUCGUGUGCCGCAUUAUCCUUGCCAAGCUCGACGAGAGCAAGACGUGCGACUGGUAUGCUCUUAGCCAAAAGCUCGCGGCUGAGGACGGUGGCAACGGGGUCAAGACCGGUAUUAUCACCAAGGCCGGCACCGGCAAGGGCGGCAAGGGCAAUGCAAAGGGCAAGAACGGCAAGAACGGCAAGAACAGCAACAACGCCCUGAGUGGCAGUGACCUCCACGACCUGUACCACAACAAAAUCCUCCCAGGUCUCCGGGCUGGCCGCGCUCUCUGGCGCGAGUCGCCACCCCCGGACGCGAGGGACACCUACGAGAGCCUCACCCCGAGCGACAUUAUCGGCAGCGAGGUCGACCGCAUGGUCAAGGCUGCGCGUUCAAACUCCAAGAGGGCAUCAGUGGGCAAUAUGCUUAUGAGCAGCGACAUUGAGGAGGACGACGAGCGCCAAAUGGACGAGGAAGACUUUACGGCGGAGGACGAGAGUGAGAUCGAGACUCCUUGA